AUGACCAGUGCCCUGUGUCCGUGGUUAUUUGAGCCACCCUGGAUCCCCUUUCAAAAAAAAAGCAAACGCAUUCUGUUUGUCACAGGUGCAGGAAUAUCCUGUAGUGGUGGCAUUCCUGAUUUUCGUUCAUCGGAUGGUCUGUACAAUCUGGUGAAGAAGAAACAUCCCAGCGUCGUCUUGCGUGGCAAGGAACUGUUUGACGCCAUGCUUUUCAAGGACGAAAAUCGAACACGUUGUUUUUAUACAUUUAUGGCUGAACUGAAAUCUUUGAUAUCCACUGCUUUACCCACCCGCACGCACUCAUUUAUUCGCGACAUUCAAGAAAGAGGUCAACUGAUGCGCUGUUACACCCAAAAUAUCGACUGUUUAGAAGAAUCACUCGACCUUCCGACCGUUCAGCUGCAUGGAUCCAUGAACAAAGUCAAGUGCACGUUGUGCGCAGCCUCUUAUGAUUUUUCCACCGAUCACGAAAAUCUGUUUCGCGAAGGCAAUGCUCCGCCCUGUCCCAAAUGCGAAGAAAUGGACAACGAACGUACGCGUCUUGGUAAACGUUCCCUGGCAACGGGAACUCUGCGUCCAGAUAUUGUACUGUAUAACGAAGAUCAUCCUCACGGUGAAACGAUCGGUCAGCUGCAGGCCAGCGAUCUUAAGAAACGACCGGAUCUGAUGAUUGUCAUGGGGACGUCUCUGAAAAUUCCAGCACUGAAAAAGUUUAUCAAGCAAGCGGCCCGCAUCAUCCACAGCACAAAGACUGGCCGUGUUAUUUUUGUUAAUCGAACGCCACCCACCAAAGAGUGGGAAAAAGUGUUUGAUUACGAAGUCCAGGGCGAUACCGACGAAUGGGUGCGACUAACUGAAAUCAAGCUUGCCGACGAAAAAGCACUGGCAGCGGCACGAACUCGUCUGCGACGAUCGUUAUCUGUAAUGAAAGAGGAGGAGGACGAUGAAAAGGAAAAUAUCAAUCGUACGCGUGUCGUGAAACGAGCCAAGGUCAAGGCCGAGUCCAACACCACCACCACGCAAAUGACAUUGACAGCCUUCCGCGUUUCCAAGAUCUCCAAACCAAGGCCAGCGGAAAAGCGAUAAUUUUUCUUUCAACCCUUUUACACAACCAUCAAACCAACAGAAUCAACACGAAAAAACUUCAGCGCGAAGUAAUGACGUGCUUUUGAUGAAGCGGUGUUGCAGCAAGCAUAUCAGAAGUGUCUGAUUUCUUUUUUGAUUUGACCUCAAAGAUCUUUGCCGAUCUUCUUGUUUAUACAUUCCUCAGAUUUUUUUAUUUUUUCAAUAUUUACCAAAAGGAUGAUCAUGCUACACGACAUGGUCUUGCUUUUUCACACAUUUUUUCAUCUUGCCGUCAUGUCGAAAAUGACAUUUUUCAUUGGAUUAUUCAUUUUGUUUUUCUUAUUUUAUAGUUUUCUCUGUUCUUGUUUCGUUUUCUUUGUACAGCAUGGUUUUAUUGCAUCGUAUAGUUUCUAAUAUGAUAAAUAU